AUGUCUGCUUAUAACUUCAAUUUGUCAGAUCAGAACGAAGUUCAAGUUGUUUAUAUUCAGGAUCAAGAACAUCAAUCUGAUAGCGACGAUAUGGUUAAUAUUGGCGAAUUGAAUAUAGAGCUACGUCUCGAAAUUACCGAACUUCGUCUAGAAAACGUCAUACUUCUUGUAAAAAGCGCCCGACUUGAGGAACGAAAUAAUCAGCUGUAUAUACGCAUCGAUGAACGCGAGAAAAUGUAUUCGAAAAUUACACGUUCUAUUAGCGGCUGUCUUAGCGGCUGUUCUACUCGCAUUAAUGGCUGGUUUGCUCGGAAAUCAUUGAAUAUGCACGCAAUAUUCCCAAAUAUAUUAAUCUAUUCCAAAAAGUUGUUUGCUCAAUACUCAUAA